AUGCCAACCCCAAACGCCUCCAGUUCUUCAGCCAAAGGCUUCCGGCGGGCAGUAUCGGAGCUGGACUCUAAACAAGCCGAGGCCAUCAUGGUAAGCAAAGAUUCUCCACAAUUCAUAGGUAGACGUCAGAGUCUUAUUGAAGAUGCCAGAAAGGAGAGAGAAGCUGCUGCAGCUGCUGCAGCUGAAGCUGCUGAACUGACUGAGACCAUUGUCUUUGAUGAGAAGGAUGGAAUAGCCCUGUUGCAUCUUCUGUUCACGCUUAAAGGAGGGAAGACUUCACUCCCAUCUCGUGCACUUAAAAUCUUUGAGACUUUUGAAGCCAAAAUUCAUCAUUUGGAAACAAGGCCCUGUAAGAAAGUACGAGAAGGUUCUCCUGACCUGGAAUACUUUGUGCGAUGUGAACUCCAUUGCUCUGCACUGAACACAUUCAUCAGUUCCCUUAAAAGAGUGUCAGAAGAUGUAAGGAGCACAAAAGAAGACAAGUUUCAUUGGUUUCCAAGGAAAAUUUCGGAGUUAGAUCUAUGCCACCAUUUAGUUACCAAAUUUGACCCUGAUUUGGAUCUGGAUCACCCAGGAUUCUCUGACCAAGUAUAUCGUGAGCGAAGAAAAAUGAUUGCAGAAAUUGCUUUUCACUAUAAGCAUGGAGACCCAAUUCCUCGAGUUGACUACACAGAAGAGGAGAUUAACACUUGGAGGGAAGUCUACAGUACUUUGAAGAGUCUUUAUCCCACUCAUGCCUGCAAAGAACACCUGGAUGCCUUUCAUUUACUGGAAAGGUACAGUGGCUAUAGUGAAAACAACAUUCCUCAGCUGGAGGAUGUCUCUUGUUUCCUGAAAGAGAGAACUGGGUUCCAACUCCGACCAGUAGCUGGCCUUCUCUCAGCUCGGGAUUUCUUAGCCAGUUUAGCCUUCAGAGUGUUUCAGUGUACACAGUACAUCCGCCAUGCUUCUUCUCCCAUGCACUCUCCAGAGCCGGACUGCUGUCAUGAACUUCUGGGACACGUACCAAUGUUGGCUGAUAAGACAUUUGCACAGUUCUCUCAGGACAUUGGUCUUGCAUCUUUGGGUGCAACUGAUGAGGAGAUCGAAAAACUUUCAACACUUUAUUGGUUCACAGUGGAAUUUGGGCUCUGCAAGCAAAAUGGAAUCAUUAAAGCCUAUGGAGCUGGCCUCCUCUCUUCCUAUGGAGAGCUCAUACACUCUUUGUCUGAUGAACCGGAACUAAGGGACUUUGACCCGGACAUGACAGCCAUGCAACCCUAUCAAGAUCAGACUUAUCAGCCUGUUUAUUUUGUAUCAGAGAGUUUUAAUGAUGCCAAAGCUAAACUCAGGGUCUAUGCAGCACAUAUCAAGCGACCUUUUUCUGUGAAAUAUGAUCCUUACACCUACAGUAUUGAGCUUUUGGACCACCCACAGAAGAUCUGCCACUCCCUGACAAAUGUGCGCGAUGAGCUCCACUCAUUAAUUGAUGCGCUCAAUAUUAUCAGCUAACACAAGAUUUGGACAAACCUUUCCCCCCCUCCAAGCCAAUGUCUUUUUCUGUACCUGCAAACUUGGUUUUCUGCCAUGGCUACUAAUUCACUGCACUGUUUGGGCCAACAACAUCACUAUGAUUUCUUUUAGGGUUUUGUGUUACUGUCUCUUGCCAUAAUAGUACCUAUGGUGUGAAUUGUGCCCCACAUGCCGUGGUAUGCAGGCAUUUUAGUGACAAGCUUGGUUGAAGAAAGUAAAGUAAAUGAAGUUUAGGAGCUUAAUCCUGAAUCCCUUGGGUAUUUUUUAAUUUAUUAAUAGCAAGGGAUCUGGAUUGGACAGAUGCUAUAAAAAAUAAUUGCACAGCACACUAGAAAUUCCUCUUUAAAGAAAAAGAAAAGCAAUGCAUUCCCAAAACAUUAAUUGUU